AUGGAUUUUCCUGGCCUAGGAACCCUGGGGGCCUCAGAAACCCUGCCCCAGUUUGUGGAUUCUUCCUUGGUGUCCUCAACACCAGAUUCAGCAGGGUUCUUCUCCUCUGGGCCUGAGGGUUUGGAUGUGGCAGCUUCCUCCACUUCCCCAAGCACAGCGACAGCUGCAGCUACCACACUGGCCUACUACAGGGACACUGAGACCUACAGGCACUCCCCAGUCUUUCAGGUGUACCCACUGCUCAACUGUAUGGAGGGAAUCUCAGGGGGCUCACCUUAUGCUAGCUGGGCCUACAGCAAGACGGGGCUCUACCCUGCCUCAACUGUGUGCUCCAGCCACGAGGAUGCCCCUUCCCAGGCUCUGGAAGACCCAGAUGGGAAGAGCAACACCACUUUCUUGGAGACCUUGAAGACUGAGCGGCUGAGUCCAGAUCUCCUGACCCUGGGGACUGCAUUGCCUGCAUCCCUCCCUGUCACCAGCAGUGCUUAUGGGGGAGCUGAUUUCCCCAAUCCUUUUUUUUCUCCCACUGGGAGCCCUCUUAGUUCAGCAACCUAUUCUUCCCCCAAGUUUCACGGAAGCCUACCCUUGGCCCCUUGUGAGGCCAGAGAGUGUGUGAACUGUGGCGCAACUGCUACUCCACUGUGGCGGAGGGACAGGACAGGUCACUAUCUAUGCAAUGCCUGUGGCCUGUAUCACAAGAUGAAUGGGCAGAACCGACCUCUCAUCCGGCCCAAGAAGCGACUGAUUGUCAGCAAACGGGCAGGCACUCAGUGCACUAACUGCCAAACUACCACCACAACACUGUGGCGGAGAAAUGCCAGUGGAGAUCCGGUGUGCAAUGCCUGUGGCCUCUACUACAAGCUUCACCAGGUGAACCGACCGCUAACGAUGCGGAAGGAUGGAAUUCAGACCAGGAACCGCAAGGCAUCUGGAAAGGGGAAAAAGAAGCGGGGGUCAAGUCUGGCAGGAGCAGGAGUAGGAGCAGGAGCAGGAGCAGGAGCAGCUGAAGGACCAGCUGGCGGCUUCAUGGUGGUAGCUGGUGGCAAUAGUAGUGGGAAUUGUGGGGAGGUGGCCUCAAGCUUGACACUGGGCACUGCAGGUACUGCCCAUCUCUACCAGGGCCUGGGACCUGUGGUACUGUCAGGGCCUGUGAGCCAUCUUAUGUCUUUCCCUGGACCUCUGCUGGGAUCGCCUACAGCCUCUUUCCCCACAGGCCCUGUGCCUCCUACCACCAGUACCACUGUGGUAGCUCCACUCAGUUCUUGA